AUGUUUGUAGAAAAGAAAAUUUAAAUCUGUGGAUUUAAAUGCUCUUAAUGUGAUUUUUUCGGAAAUUGCUUAUAAUGUGAAGAGGGAUAUAUUCCUAGUAGUGGAAAUGGGUAUUGUUAAUCUUAUUGUGGCUAGCAAAAUGAAUAUCUUAAUUAAGAAUUAGGAUAAUGCAAUCCUAUUUGCGGAUAUGGAUAUUAUGAAUAAAGAGAUUAUUAUGUAUGCCAAAAAAGUUAAAAAUGUCCCUCUAUAAAUGAGUUUGGAAAUAAUUUAAAAUAAAUUAUUGGCUCUACUUUAGUUGGCUCUGAACUAGCUGUAUUCUGCAAAACUUUUAAUUCUACUAACAACUAGUAUAACUUUUUUUUAAGAAUUUAUGACUCUGACCUCAACUUCAAAGGCGAAAUGCAACAACUAACUGAUGAAGUUAAAUAAUUUUAUUUGGAUUAACAAAAUAAAUACUUUAUUACUGUCUCAUUACAAGAAAUAAAUUUCUGGUAAAUACCUACAUGUUCUCUCACUCCAAUUAACGAUUCUUAUCUAUUUUUCGGAGACAUCUACAAUAAUAUAGUGAUUUGGUAAAACGGAGUUUGCUCACCUUAAAAUAUUUCUGCUACAUCUCCUAUUUAAAACUAUUUCGUUUUUUAUGACAAUUUAAGCACAUCUUUUCUCUAUAUUAUAGCUGCUGGAAGCACAUAAUACUACGAGUUAACUACCUAAAGUAACAAUUUUUAGCUAUAACUUUUAAAGACAACAAAUAUGAAUGGUACUUAUAAUAUGUAUAUAGCAUAGGACACUUUAUAUGUAAGAAAUAAUUUUACAUUUAGUAUCUAUACAUAUUAAAACAAAUCUCUAGUUAAAAUGUUUUAAGGCAACUCUUCAAAUCCUGACAAUUAAUUAUUUGAAAAUAUUUUUAUGUUUAAUAAUUAAGUCUAUGAAUUUUACAUGAAUAGCAUCUUUAUAAAUGAACCUGCUCAAUAAAUUGCUUAACAAGAAAACUAAGUUACUACUUGUAAUUAAGUAAAAAAAUCAGAAAAUAUUAAUUUUUACUAACCAACAACAGUUGAUGCGAUUAAUUAAAUAAUUUUAGAUCCUAACUAUGAUGGAUAGCUUGUUAUAGCAGGAAACGAUGGCUCAAUAAGAGUUUACGAAUUAACUAGUUUUGAAGAUUUGAGUUACAUACAUAUAUUUACAUAAUAUCACCCAAUAUGUAAUUAGUAAUCAAUAAUGCAGAAAUGUCUGUAAGCUAAUAAUAUCACUAUUUCCGAUUUAGGAUAUUAUUAUGUAUUUGUGAUGAUAAUGCCUAAUUUUCAGACAAACCAUGUUCUUUCCUUCUAUAACACAAUUAAAUCCAUCAUUGUUGAUGAAGAUAAACUUAUUCUUUACAUAGGCUUUGUUGAUGGAUAGAUAUAUGUGUUCCACAUAAUUCUAAACUAUGCUAUCAAUUUAAACUAAUUUAUCUCAAGUUUUUAUAAUCAACUCCAAGACAUUUUUGGUACAGAAAACACUAUAACUUCCAAAUUAAAAUCUUUAUGUCCUUGA